AUAUAUUUUAAUUUUAUCAUUUAAUGGCCUUAAAUGUCAGACAAAAUUCAUGCACUAAUUUUUUAAUAGCUUUUGCAAUUAGUGUAAAAUUUACCUUUUAUACAAGUAUAUUGAAAACAAAGUUAGCAACUGAGUUAGCUUUGCAAAUGUCAACUGAAAUGAGAACCAAAAAACACGUUGAAAUAGUCUCGUGCAAAAUAUGAAUAAAUAACAACGCUUCGAGCUGUUGCAGUGACAAAUCACGCUGUGAAACUAAACAAUUUGCGCGUACAGAUUAGAAUCAGCAAAAAAUCUGACUUUAAUUAGAAGUACGCUCAUGAGGGAGACAAAAUCAGCAAUUACAAUAAAAAAGUUAAAAUAAAUAAUUUAGUGUGAAAAUCCCCGACUGUCGAUCGCUCAGUGAAUAUGAUCAGUGACCAUUUCAGCGAAUAUUUUCAGUAUAAAUACAAGCUGACCGUAGCUGUGAAACAACUUGUACGCCAAAGCUUGUGGUGAUAAGAGCAUUAAAAAUUGAAAAAUUGCAAAAUGAAAUCGUUUCUAACUAUUGCACUGUUAGUCGUCGGUAGCGCUGUUGUGAUGUGCAACCCACAUGAUCCAGAAAUGCGCAAAACCAUUGAGGACUGCAAUAAGGAACACAAUGUAUCGCCAAAGGACUUUCGUGACUUUAUGGAGGGUAAAUUAACAACCGUUUCGGAGAAUUUGAAGUGCAGCAGCCACUGCAUUAUGGUGAAGCAAGGUAUCAUGGAUGAAGCGGGCAAGUUCAACGCUGAAAUGGCUAAAACUAAAAUAGACGAUGAUACAUUCGUUGCUGCUGUGGAAGCAUGCAAGGAUUUGACUGGUUCAACACCAUGUGAAACAGCUUUCAAAAUCACCGACUGUAUGAUAGCGCAUAAGUAAUUUUUGGCAGCAAGGGCAUCUUUAAAAAUUUCGCAAAAUUGUUGAAUAUUCUUUAAAUGUUUUUGGUGGUGGUUUUAAAAUUGUUUACCAAAUGAUAAAUAAACUUAAACCUUUGAACUGACCUUUAAAUGGCUGUAAGUAGAAA